UGUUUUUGAGUAGACGUGUAUUUUCGCACUAGAAUGCCUCAACUCACUAUAAAAGCUAACUGUAGCAGUUGGCAGUUUUCAAUAGGUAGUUAGAUUUCGUAAACGAGUGUUAAAAUGUUAUUUAAACUGUUUGUGACAGUAGCUUUGUGCUGCACCGCUGUGCUCGGCGAGCUCACCAGCUACGAAGGCUAUAAGAUCUACGAAAUUACUGCGCAAAAUGCUGCUCAACAGGAACUUCUACAGCAAUUAGCCGAGAAUGAGGCCUACGAUUUCUUCACCCUACCACGCAUGUUGGGACUUUCUGCACGUGUGAUGAUUUCACCGGAAGAUCAGUUAGCGUUUGAGCGAACUCUGCAGUCAUCUGAAGUGAAAUAUGAAGUCAUUAAUGAAAACUUCGGUGAAACCGUUGCCACAGAACGCAUGCAAAACAACUUUUUCCGCAAUCUACGCAGUUCCUCAUCGCGCAGCGUUUCGUUCACUGCCUACCAGCGUUACGCUAGCAUCGAAGCUUAUCUCGAUCAAUUAGCCGAAGACUACCCAAGCAGAGUUUCACUUAAGACCAUUGGUAAGUCGUAUGAAGGACGUAACUUGCGCACCAUAACAAUCACCAAUGGCGAUGGGAUUGUCAACAAGAAAGUAAUUCUGCUCGACGCUGGUAUUCAUGCACGUGAAUGGAUCGCUCCUGCUGGAGCUUUGUAUGUUAUCCAACAGCUGGUGGAGAACUUUGCUGAAAAUUCGCACUUAUUACAAGACUACGAUUGGGUUAUUCUACCUGUUGUCAACCCCGAUGGUUAUGAAUAUACACACACCAAUACACGCAUGUGGCGUAAAACACGUCAGCCAAUAACUUUAUUAUGUACGGGUACCGAUGGCAAUCGUAACUUUGACUACCAUUGGGGUGAAGUGGGCGCUUCCAGUUUGUCGUGUGCCGAUACCUAUAAGGGCAAGACCGCCUUUUCCGAGCCCGAGACUAAAGCUCUGCGCGAUCUUAUGCUCACAUUGACCGGACGCGCAAAAUUCUACCUCACUCUACACUCGUACGGCAACUAUUUGAUCUACCCAUGGGGCUGGACAUCUGACCUUCCCGACACCUGGGCUGACAUUGAUGCCAUUGCUCAAGUCGGUGCAGAUGCUAUAAAGGCAGCUACUGGAACCGAUUACACAGUGGGCAGCUCCACGAAUGUCCUGUAUGCUGCUGCUGGUGGUAGUGAUGAUUAUGCCUUUGCCGUGGCUAAAAUUCCAAUUUCAAUAACCAUGGAAUUGCCUUCUGCUGGUAAUGGUUUCGAUCCAGCACCAGCGAAGAUCCUCGAAUUGGUUUCCGAAACCUGGGUCGGUAUUAAGGCUAUGGCGGAAAAAUUGGUGGAAACCUAUUAAAAUGUUGAAUUAUACAUAUUUGUUCAACUGAAUGGGAUGGAAAAAUGAUGCAGAGUAAUUUGCUUGUAAAUAAAUAAUUUUAUUCAUUUA